AUGGCCAUCGGCACCAGUUUUGUUAUCACCAAAAAGGUCGGUGUGCCACGAAUCCUCCCGGGACAGCGAUUGAAUCCCGGCUUAAUGCAUGCCAGCGAACGGCAUGGUUUUGAGGGCGAAGGAUUCUCAUACUUGAAGAGUCCUAUAUGGUGGGGUGGCAUAGUGACACUCGCUCUUGGUGAAGUCGCCAACUUUGCUGCGUACGCCUUUGCGCCUGCCAUCUUGGUUACGCCUCUAGGUGCGCUGAGUGUUUUGAUCGGCGCGGUCCUGAGUUCGUACUUCCUCAACGAGAUACUUGGUGUAUUAGGAAAAUUGGGCUGUGCCCUAUGUUUGCUGGGAUCGGUCGUCAUCGUUCUCCAUGCGCCUCCAGACAAGCAGGUGGAGACAGUUGAUGAAAUUCUUGCAUAUGCUGUUCAGCCAGGAUUUCUUUUCUACUGUGUCGCAGUUACGAUUUUCUCGACUGUGAUGAUCUACCGCGUUGCGCCAGUCUAUGGCAAGAAGAACCCGCUCAUCUACAUCUCGAUCUGCUCCACUGUUGGAUCGGUUUCCGUCAUGUCUGUCAAGGCCUUUGGUAUUGCAGUCAAAUUGACCAUUGGAGGAAAUAACCAAUUCGUCCACGCAUCCACCUACGUCUUUGCCAUUGUGACUGGUUUUUGCAUUCUGACGCAGAUGAACUACUUCAACAAGGCAUUGAACUCUUUCUCGACUUCGAUCGUGAACCCACUUUACUAUGUCACCUUCACAACCGCGACCCUCUGUGCCUCGUUUAUCCUCUUCAAGGGAUUCAACACAACCGACGCCGUCAACACCAUAUCUCUGCUUUGUGGAUUCCUUGUCAUCUUCACCGGCGUAUACCUCCUGAACCUCUCGCGACACGACCCUGAUGGACACAGCAUGGUGAAUUCAAAGCUUGAUGAGGAUGGAGUGCCAACAGACGGUAUGGCGAGCUUCCAGACCCGGCGCUCCAUGCAGUCCCGCCGAAGCUCCUCGAGUGCAUUCUUCAAUGCAAACGGCGACCGCGAAGCCCUCAUCCAUGCAUACGAUGCGGAGAACGCAAUCGGCAUGGACACAUUGGCUGAAGCAAAUGAUGGGGAGCCAGGUCCGACCAUCCCACUGACCGAAGCACAGACUGCAAUGCACACCAAGCGCAACAGUCAAAUCUGA